UGUGUGUGUGUGUGUGUGUAUAUAUAUAUAUAUGGUAAGAAUGGUAGUAUAUAUAUAGAUAAAAUCGUCAGACUUAAUUAAAGACCUAAUUGUAUGAAUGGUAAGAAUCUUAUAACAUAUAUGUAAAUAAAAUCCUGAGACUUGAUUAAAAAGUAUCAUUAAUAACCCUAACUGUAUUUAUAUGGUUUACUUAUUUUAAGAAUCUAAUUAAGGCAUCUGUGAACGACCAUAAUUAACCAUUUAGAAUCAUUUAGAAUCAUAAUUAAGGCUCUAUCUAUACAUAGACAGUAUAAACCAACGGCCCCUAUUAUAUUACACACGGCCCCCUAUUAUAUUACACACGUACUAUUGACAGACGGAUACUCAGGCUUCUCAGUCUUUGAAGGUUUGAAGGCAAAGGUUCAACCGUUCAAGAGAUAACAUGCCACCGAUUAAGAAAGUUUUGUCCGAAGUCACACUUGAUCUGGAAAAGAAUGCUGCGUUGCUGUUGUGUGUCACCAGAAAAUGGACUAUCCCAUUCAAAAACAACACGGGUUUAAAAGUUUGUGAAUUAGUGUUGGUGGAUGAAGAGGGCAAACAUAUUCAAGCAACCAUUCCACUCCAAUUGAUACCAAUGCUAGAAGGUAAGCUGGAAGAGGGUAGCCUUUAUGCAAUGGUAAAUUUUUCAGUGAAAGAAAAUCAGGGCAAAUGGAGGCCAACUUCUCAUCCAUUCCGUUUGUGCUUCACCGAGAACACAAAAAUCUUGGAUCAAAUGAUUGAAAAACAUCCAGCCUUCCAAAAAAAUAUCUACAAGUUGACAGAGUUUUCUGAUAUUAUUAAUUACCCCGACGUAGAAACUCCUGAUUUGUUGGACGUCAUCGGUGCAUGCCAUAUUAAAGAUAAUUUGUUCAAGUCAGAUGACGAAGGAACAUCUUGGUGUAGAUUCCAGAUAAACAACCUACAGAACAUUAAAAUAUGGUGCACGUUGUGGGGUGAUUACUCAGCUCAGUUUUUGAGGUUUCUAGAGGUCCCCAGACAAAAUCCAUUUAUCGUGCUCCUACAAUUGGGUCGAAUAAAUAAACGUUUUCGUACUUUUAAUACAUACUAACAUGCAAUUUUUUUCUAUAUUUAGUUAUAUGAAAUUUAUGUUGCGUUUUAGAGAAUAUGAUCAUGACAAUUUAAUGCAACCGGUGAUACGAAGGGUGUGUGUUCCUCAUUACAUUUCACAAAAUUGCUGUUAGAUGACCACAUUCCAGAAAUUGAAGAGUUUCGAGGGUGGUAUGUAAUAUUGAAGUGGACCAUGCAAUACAUAGUUACAAUUGCAUUCAAAUUAUACUGGGAAUUAUUUAAAUAAUAUAUAUAACUUAAUUCUUUAUUGAAGCUAUAUGGUGAUGGUGCAACAACCAACUCCAUCCAAUAGCGCUAUAUCGGGUGCAUCUAAUGCAUCCAUCACUACAUUGACUGAAGUUGAUUAUACAAAAGUGCUGUCGGAGCUUUCCACAAUGAAAGAGGUAAACUUUUCAUAUUUACAUCUAUGUAAUUGUAAAACCAUCUAUGUAAUUGUAAAACCAUCUGUCAAAUUUCUUUAGUGAGAAGACUAUCUAUACUCCUUCAAGCUUGUGUCUAAGUAAAUUUGUUUGUUUGGAAAGUAUUAUUAUUAAUCUUUCAACCAGCUCUCUCAAACACUGUUUAAAUGUUGUUUCUCAAGUCAUCUUGGACAAGAAUAUGUCGAAUUUAUAGGCAUUUCAAUUUAUUGUGCAAGGAUUUUAAGAGAGAAAGUUUAUAUUGAAGAGCACACUUACAAAAGUAACAAGCAUAGACGCUGAAGUGAUUAUUAUUUCUUAGUAAUCAAGUUUGUUAUAUUAGAAUAAAAUGAUAAACAUUCAAUACUUUCGUCCAUCGCUUCAUUUGCAGAGAGUUUCAUCCAUCACUUCAUUUUAUUCUUAGGAGCUAAGUUCUUCUCAUCCAUCACUUUAUUUGCAAAGAGUUUCAUUAUCCUCUAUCUAUGAAUCCAAAAUAUUUUGAUGAAUGCAUCUUUCAAAAUAUUAAACAGGGUAUAUAAAUUAUGGGGCAGUUUGCUUCUGAAAUUAAAAAACUUUGACUUUUACAUUUUUCAUUUGUGUUUUGUGUAGAAAAAAGAAUUCCCUAAGGGGAGUGUAUCCUUUUAAUAUGGCUGAAUGUAUAGGAGAUGCGGUCAGGAGCACGAUAUUGAGGUUGAAUUAGAAGCUUAAUAUUUGUGUUUUAUUUUAACAUUAAAAACAAACAUUCUUAUCACAAUACAAUUUGUUAAAUAAUCAUUCAUAUGCCAUAUUAAUCAAAAUACUACUAAUUUAAUACAACAAUGCAUUAACAUCACAAGAUACGUAUUAAACUACCAAAAAGGUUGGCAAAUUUGAAGAUUAAUCAACAAAAAAUGGAAAUGGGGCUUCAAGAAACUGAAUGAUAUUUGCGAUUGAUAUGUAUGCGUAUGUGGCUUAAACCUCUUUCCUGAUCUUAAACCUUGAUUAAUUUAGUGAGAUCAUUAUAUAUCUAUUGAUUUCAUUAUUCUAUAUUUUUUCUUAAUGUCUUGAAGUUUUGAAUUGCGUUUAUGGAUACAUCUCAUUUCCAAAGGAGAUAGGUACGUCAGUACGUGGAUAUUGGUUCUAUGGUGAAGUAUAUUCAAUAACUUCCUUCCGCAAUUGGGCGUACCUUGGAUGUAGGGAACUAAAGUGCUUCAAGAAACUAACUGAUGAUUACAUGUGUGAGAAGUGUGGGAUGCAUAGACCUAAUGGCAUAUGGCGAUACACACUAAAACUCAAAGUUAGGCACGAAAGACAUUUUGCAGAUGUGAUAUUUUGGGAUGAUGCGGCACGCCAACUUCUUGGAAAGGCUGCAAGCGAUUUUAGUGAGCAUCUUGACAGGGAUAAUCGUAGAACAAGAGUACAAGAGUACACCAGGGGGUAGCUCCCGCACCCGUUCCGCUAAGGCCUACAAUGGUUAUCAUUUUUACGAGUUGUCCUGAUACCAUAAAUGAACUGGUUGGACAAGAGUACCUUUUCAAAAUCAACCGUGCGGAUUUGGUUCCUGGCAGUGACGGACAGAUUUACGCCAUAAGAAUGGUGUCGAAGAAUAGAGAAAAAAUAGAUGAGAUUAAAAAAUCAGCCGCUGAAGAGUCAAUUAGUGAGGUAAUAUAUUCAGACUUCGAUGGAUGGACUAUUGUUUGUAUUUUUUUUAAAUUCAAAAUAAUCACAUAAAUUGUACAUGCAUAUAACUCUGAUGAGGAUCUCGAAUUGCUUUUUGAAACCGGAGCAGCUACAGUAGAAUCAAAUGUGGUUACACCGGACAUGGAGAAUGAUGCAACCGAUACUCCAAAUUCGACUUCACGUCGUCGAAAAAUAGAAGGAACAUCAACUCCGAAUUGUGAUGGCUCAACUCAGGGAUCAUCUAACAAGAAGUUGAAGUCCGUGAAAAUUGAAAAGCCGUGACAUUAUUUCUAUUGUUCCAAUUAGUCAAAAUAUUGUUCUUUGUUUUCGUUUCAAUUUUAGCACUAAUGGUGGCUUGUGUAAUGGUACACGACUUUUAGUGACAAAACUUGAUGAACAUAUUAUUGAGGCACAGAUGAUGUCUGGAACUAAUGCAUGUGAGAAAUUUCUUAUCCCAAGGAUUAG